AUGGGUGUGAAAGAUCUGUGGACAAUUUUAGCCCCCUUUUGCGAACGCAAACCCCUGUACGAGCUCCAGGGCAAAAAAGUCGCCAUUGACUUGUCUUGUUGGGUCUGCGAAGCGCAAAACAUCACCGAAUACACAGUCCAACCGCGAAUGUAUUUGAGAAACUUGUACUUCCGGACGUGCUAUCUCCUCCUGAUGGGGGUACACGUGGUCUUCGUGCUGGAAGGCCGCGCCCCCGAGCUCAAAUACAAAACCAUCGCCGCUCGCAACGCUGUGCAGUUCAAGGGGCAAAAACCCAAGACCGAUGGUGUGAAAACCGGAAAGGACCGUUCCAGGUUUAACCACACGUUGAAGCAGUGCGAGGAAAUGCUGAGGCUGAUGGGGAUAGCGUGUGUGAAAGGGGAGGGCGAAGCUGAGGCGCUGUGUGCGCAUUUGAAUGAAGAUGGGCUCGUUGAUGGGAUUAUCAGCCAGGACUCGGAUUGUUUUGCGUAUGGGGCGCACGUGGUUUAUAAAAAUUUCUCGAUUUCGCAGCAGGGGAAUCAUGCGGCGAAAGGGGGCUCAGUGGAUGUGUAUGAUAUAAAUAGAGCAAAAGAGAGUUUAGAUUUUGGUAGGAAUAAAAUAAUCGCAUUGGCGUUGUUGUGUGGAAGCGAUUAUUGUGAGGGGGUUUACGGAAUCGGGAAGGAUUCAGUGACGAAAUUGUUUGACAUUGUGAGCGACAAUGAAAUUCUGGGGCGACUGCGCUCGUGGAAAAAUGAUACAUUGUAUGAAAAAAUGGAAAGAAAAAUUUCUGAUAAGAGUCUUUGUACGUCUUGUGGACACUUGGGGAAGGUUCAAAGUCACACCAAAAAAGGAUGUUUCCAGUGUGGAACCAACCAAGGCUGCGAUUCCAGUAAAUUUAAAGCUGAAAGGUUGGAAAUUAAAAAUGAACUAAACAUGAGGAGUAAGGCGUUAAAGGACCCAAAUUUCCCCGACGAGGUCCUUAUUAGCGAAUUUUUAACCAAAAACAGCAACAUUUCAGAACUGAAUUUACAAUGGAACAAGCCAGAUUUAAUUAAUUUUGUUAAAUUCACAGUGAAAUAUCUCACUUGGGAGGAAAUCUACAGCUUUGAAAAAUUUUUCCCAGUUUUAACAAGGUGGCAGCUGCUUCAUCACAACCAAACUAAAAAUACAACAGGAGUUGUGACUCCAAAGUUUAUUAAAAAGCGUCGCAAUCCUAAAGGUGUUGCAAGUUAUGAGAUCGUCUGGGAAGAUAAAUAUAAUCAAUUUAGCGACUUAAUCCCAGAAGAGCAGCUGUCAGAUUAUGGAGAUUUAGAAAAGCUGUGGUCUACAAUAGAGCCACAAAAUAUAGUGGAAAGCGCAUACCCAGAGCUAGUCAAGGAGUUUGAGGAUUCCAAAAAACCUAAAACUAGGAAGAAAAAGAAGCCAUCUGUUGACGAAAUUGAUAACUUAUUGAAAAACGUGUCAAUCAGUGGCCCCAGUAAAAAAAAGAAAUUGAAAAAAGUACACACUUUGGAUUCUUUUUUGAUGACAGCGUCAACUCCAAAGAGAACUCAGAAUUUUUCAUUUAAUAUGGAUCAAUCAAAUUUUGGAGAUGAAAACGAUUUAGAGGUAUCAGAUAUUGUUGAUGACAUAAUAAAUAGGAAAUUGCCGUCAUACAUACCCGAAAAUCUCGAUAAAUUAGUAACGAGAUUAGAUAACAAGGAGAAUGACAAUUGCAGUUUUUUCGUGAAUGAAAUGACUGAAAAUGAUUUAUUUGAAAAUACGUUUAAAAAAUACUGUAUUAGCAGCGAUUAUGAUAGCGAUUAAUACUGUACAAUGAAUGAAAUAAAUAAAUAAAUUUGUCUA